AUGGCUAUCACUAUCGCAUUAACAUGCGCCCUGCCUCUGCCGUCGCGCGCGCGCCCUGGUUGCCGACGUCGCGUGCGCGCGCGCCUUGAUCGCGGCCGUCGCGCGCGCACGGCUUGCCCUCCGCCGUCACUCUCCCCGCCGCCCGUUCUCUCCUUUCCGCGGCCGCCCUCCCUUCCCCCCCUUUUCCCGGGCAUCUUCCUCUCCCUUCGUGGUGUGCCGAACCCCUCCUCCCCCACCCCACUUCUUCUGCCUCCUUCGCACCACCUCCUCCCUCUCCGCUCAUCACAUCCGCCUCUUACACUCCUCCCCCUCUCUUCUCUCCUCCCUACCCUUCACCCUCCUCCCCCUUCAUUCCCCUCCCCAUCUCACUCUCUCCUCCUCCUCUCUCCUCUCGUCUACUGCUGCAGCCGGUUGCCAGCUUUGCUUCGUAGUCUUGCUCAUCAAGAACUACCCCUCCUCACCAUCUGCCCCUUCACCCUCCUCCUCCUCUCUUCUCUCCCUUUAUUCCCCUCCCCAUCUCAUUCUCUCCUCUGCCUGUCUCUCCUCUCCUCUACUGCUGCGGCUGGUUGCCGGCCUUGCUUUGUAGUCGUGCUCCUUCCCCACAGUGUUCCUCCUCCUCUCUUUUCUCCCCUCAGCGGUGCAGCAGCACACUACUCUACUGUUAUCCCUCCUCCUCUCAUUUCUCCCCUCAGCGGCGCAGCAACAGACUACUCCGCCAUUAUCCCUCCUCCUCUUAUCUCUUCCCUCAGCGGUGCAAAAGCAGACUACUCAGCCAUUAUCCCUCCUCUUAUUUCUCCCCUCAGCAGCGCAGCAGCAGACUACUCCGCCAUUAUCCCUCCUCCUCUUAUUUCUCCCCUCAGCGACACAGCCAGUGCGAUUUACUCGACAUUGUAA